AUAGCACAUAGCCAAUAAAUAUUGAUGUUCCCUUCCACCCUCUCACCACAACUCAAUGAAAGCCUGCUCUCUGUCAAUAUGCUUCUGCCUCUGCGUAUUAGCGCUGCAGCCAAGCGAGCUCUCACUCAGCUCACACACAUUCUCAAGCUGCGUGCCUCACGAAUAUUCGUGUCAAGCCUACUGCUAUGGCUUCUGCUGUACGCCUACUGUCGGACCAGAUUCUGGCGUGACCCGCACUCCGCCUUCUUCCAAGAUGACCAUGUUUACGAUCUGGACUAUAGCUUGUACCGCGAGCGGGAAAGCAUGCAUUUUCUCGCGAGGCAUAAUGCGCCUACCUCCCCCCCUGCAAAUGAAUUUUACUAUUCCUAUGCCAAAAACACGAGUGAGACUGAGAACAAGCCACCGGCCGUGUGCGUUGCCAUAGUCACCGUACAUAGAAGACAGGACACGUACUUUGACGCAUCGGUCGGCUCGCUGUUGGAGGGGCUCACUGAGCAGGAGCGGAGGGCAAUGUAUCUCACUGUUCUGUUUGCCGAUACAGACCCGAUGGUACAUCCCAGCUGGGGCCAGAAAUGGGUCGACAGGCUUCUUGACCAGGCCAGGGGGUACAAUGUAUCUGCAGAGCAGCUGGAGGAUCUGAAAAUGUGGGAAGCGGAGAGGAACUUCUACAAGAAGGGGGUCUUUGACUACCUUUAUGCACUGCGGGCCUGCCAGGCUGUCAAUGCCCCUUACACGCUCGUCUUCGAGGACGACAUCAUCCUGGCUACGGGGUGGUUUGCACGAACGCUGAAGAGCCUGGCGGAAAUUAACCGACGUGAAGCUGGACCUGACCAAAAUUAUAGCCAUGCUGGGGAAAAGCGGAAGCCAUGGCUGUACCUACGGCUCUUUUACACGGAGACCUCGCUGGGCUGGAGCAACGCUGACUUCGCAUACCGAAACAUGCCGUUAAUCUUCCUCACACUCACUGCGUCGUCGUUCACUGUUCUUCAUUUCCUUCGGCGCUAUCAUUGCUUGCAGCGCCUGCAUCUCUACACCCUCAGCAUCCUCGUCAUCUCUCUCUUCUGCAUUCCCGCAUUCACGGGGCUGGCGUACAUGAUGGGAAAAUACAACCUCAUGCCGCUCCGCGGCGUGGUGGAGAUGAACAAGUUCGGGUGCUGCACGCAAGGCCUGUUGUUCCCAGCGCAGCGGUUGGACGGGCUGAUAGGGUUCUUGGAAAACAGAGGACAUGGGCAGACGGACUCAUUGAUUGAGGAGUAUGCGGACCUGAAAGGGCUGAAUAGAUAUGCGGUCGCGCCGCCGCUACUGCAGCAUGUGGGCCUAAAGUCCAGCAGGGACAAUACGGAUAUCAAUACGCAGAGUACGUGGCAGUUUUGGUUUGAAAAUAAUGAGCCAGAGGCCUUGAGGAGGGAGCAUGCGAAGUUGUUAGGCGAUGCUGAUGUACAGCGGAUGUUGGAGGCUGCCGCAACGUAGAUUAUCAUAGACUGAAUGGGCUUAGAGUUCGAUCUACUGGAGAACAGGCAUGCUAGGGUACCAGCACGACCUUAAAUUCCACGUGUCCAGUUUGCCGCAAUGAAGCUUGAUCAAUCAGCUACUGCACUGGAAGUCAAUAACGCUGGCCCUGGAGUUCAUAAGAAGUGCGACAAUCAGGCCGUACAAUCCUACCAUACCAGCUCCAU